GGCUGCCUGGAAGGCCACAUCGAUUCAGAUGUAGGAAAAUGUAUCUGAGCGCGGGUAAUGGAUGAACUCCAGUUACAACAACACGAUGGAGGUUUAACAUUUACCAGCUGAACUCUUACUAACCGGAAGAUUAUCAGGAAUACAGGGAUAUUCACACAUUUUGGAUUCGACGUUGUUGAUGUUAAAAGAAGAAAAAAAAAAAAAACACUAGAAAAUAAAACACCUACCAUGACAAGGAAACCAACCAAACUGCUCUUUUGAAUGACGAGCGUCUCAGAUAAGGAGGAAUCAGAGGAAAAACCACCGCAAUGAAGGAAAAAUCCAAAACUGCCGCAAGGACUAGACGGGAAAAGGAGAACAGUGAAUUUUAUGAACUGGCUAAAAUGCUGCCCUUACCGUCGGCCAUCACCUCUCAGCUGGACAAAGCUUCUAUUAUAAGACUGACCACAAGCUACCUGAAGAUGAGAAUUGUUUUCCCUCAGGGUCUGGGCGAGGCUUGGGGUCAUGCAAGCCGCACGAGAUCUUUGGACAAUAUUGGACGUGAACUAGGAUCUCAUUUACUGCAGACACUGGAUGGAUUCAUCUUUGUGGUGGCACCAGAUGGGAAGAUCAUGUACAUUUCAGAAACAGCAUCGGUCCAUUUAGGACUGUCUCAGGUAGAGUUGACCGGGAACAGUAUUUAUGAAUAUGUCCAUCCAGCCGACCAUGAUGAGAUGACGGCUGUCCUCACACCACAUCAGCCCUAUCACUCACAUUUCGUCCAAGAAUACGAAAUGGAGCGCUCUUUCUUUUUGCGGAUGAAAUGCGUACUGGCCAAAAGAAAUGCAGGCCUCACUAGUGGCGGAUACAAGGUGAUCCACUGCAGUGGGUACCUAAAGAUCCGUCAGUACAGUUUGGACAUGUCACCUUUUGAAGGCUGUUACCAGAAUGUGGGUUUGGUGGCUGUGGGACACUCUCUGCCCCCCAGUGCUGUGACUGAGAUUAAACUGCACAGUAACAUGUUUAUGUUCAGAGCCAGUCUGGACAUGAAGCUCAUUUUCCUUGAUUCCAGGGUAGCAGAACUGACAGGUUACGAACCCCAGGACCUGAUAGAGAAGACUCUGUACCAUCAUGUCCACAGCUGUGACAUUUUCCACCUUCGCUGUGCACACCACCUCUUGCUGGUAAAAGGUCAAGUCACCACUAAGUAUUAUCGUUUCCUGGCGAAGCAUGGCGGCUGGGUCUGGGUUCAGAGUUAUGCUACAAUUGUUCACAACAGCCGAUCGUCAAGGCCCCACUGUAUAGUCAGUGUCAACUAUGUCCUCACGGACACUGAAUAUAAAGGAAUGCAGCUGUCCUUGGACCAAAUGAGCCCCAGCAAACCAGCGUUCCCCUACGCUGACAGUCACAGUGAAGACAGGAAGAGCACCAAGUCACGCCUCUCCCAGGCCAAGGCCAAAGCCAGAGUGUCACCCUACCCACAGCAGUUCUCAGCUUUCAAUCCAGAGCGUUCGGAGUCUGACCAGGACAGCCAAUGGGGAGGGAGCCCGCUGACAGACUCUGCCUCUCCUCAGCUGCUGGAUCCUGGUGAUGCAGCAGAGGCAUCAUGCGCCUACAGACUGUAUUCCGACUCGGGCUCCUUGUGCUACGGCCUGGGCCUGUCAGAAGAGGAUCUCGCCCAUGCUCAAGUGCAUCCUCACACCACCACCUGUGACCGUGUGCGAUGCCACAGCGGGCGCUACUUCCUGGGCACCCCCCAGUCAGGAAGAGAGAUGUGGUGGGACGCCACACGCUCCGUGCUCUCGCUGCCAAAAACCUCUGUGGAGAACAGCGAGGGCUACGAAAUCACAUCCUACCAUGGAGCCAUUCACGGACGGAGUCACUGGGAUGAAGACAGCGUUGUGAGUUCACCUGAUGGCGGAGGGUCCACAAGUGACUCAGGCGAGCGUUACCAUGGCGACCACUUCCGGGCUAGUCCUCGCGAGCCCAGUAAGAUGGAGACCUUGAUCCGUGCUACGCAGCAAAUGAUCAAAGAAGAGGAAAGCCGGCUGCAGCAGCACAAGACUCCGCUGGACAUCUCAGGCCUGGCUAAGGCCCACAGCCCAUGCUUCUCCUCUUCCCUCGCCCACCACUCUCAGCUCACCAUGCCCAGCGUGGUGUGCAGAGGCCCCGGAGCCCCUAGCAUUGACAUCCCCUCUGAGCGCCUCCAUCACCAGGACAGGGUCAAAGGAAUUGGUUCCCAUGACAAUGAUGAAAACACAACCAGCCCGGCUUCUCUGUCUCGUCUCAGCAGCCCCAGUUCUGAUGGGAUCCCCAGGUCAGGUCUGUCCCUCACCAAAGACUACUUGCAGACCGAUCUGUCGCCCCACCCUUCACAACCACAGGGCAGCCCGUUGCUCUAUCCAGCCCAGGAGAGGCAGCCACUGGACAGGCAAGCGGCUUAUGCUUUGACUGGGUACUCACUGGAGCACCUUUAUGACUCAGAGAACCUGCGGAGUUACUCAAGUUUAGCCUGUGGGGGGGUCCAGUACGAUGUGGCGUCCCAUGUUAGGAUGCAGGCUGAGCAGAUGCAGGCACAUAAAGCCACCUCAGUUAUCAUAACUAACGGGAGCUGA